AUGGCAAUGAAGCAAGGAGACAAGCUACCUACGGCCAGAGAGCCUUUGCGCGUCUUUCCUUAUGUGUACAAAAGGGAUGAACUGGCUAAAAUGCGCCGGGUCUUCGCUUCUGCAAUACACAUCACAGAGAUGGAUGCCGUCUCCCUCCAUUACACUCACGUCAAAAGGAAUAUAUAUGUAGGGUGCAAGCGCCCUAGCGCGGCACGGAAGACGUUCUGUACUUGUACGUGCAAAGAAGGAACUGGAUGUGGGACAAGCUGUGAGCUCAGGAAGGUUCAUCUUGAGUGCUACAAAGAGUGCUGCGCAGGAUCGCCAUGCUCCAAGCAAUUUAUAGUCAGACCCUUGUUUGGUAACUCUAUAGAUCUUCCAAAAGACGCUACGACACUUCAUAAAGAUAACAGUAGGCUUGCCGACUGUGGAAACCAAAGGCUUCAGAGGAUGCAGUACGCUCGGACAGCUGUCUAUCCGGCUGGGAGGAAAGGCUAUGGUCUGUUUGCACUUACUAGCAUUCAGCGAGGAGCGCUCGUGACAGAAUACAUAGGUGAGGUUAUAACAAGGGAAGAGUGCAUGCGGCGGAAGAAGAGCGCGAAGGGGCACUUGUACUUUCUUGCUUUAGACAGAGAACUCUACAUAGACGCUGCCCAUAAAGGAAAUGAGAGUCGGUUUAUCAACCAUUCUUGUGACCCUAACUGUGAGGUGCAGCUAUGGUAUGUCGGCGAGGAGCCAAGAGCUGCCAUAGUUGCCCUACGGAGUAUUGCUCCCCAUGAAGAGCUUAGCUUCGAUUAUAAGUUUGACUUUUACCCCGGCGUGAAGCCUAAAUACCCGUGUUUCUGCGGCUCGCUCUAUUGUAGAGGGUACAUAGAUGCACCAAAGUUAAGGACAUGA